AUGUCCGGGCCAUACCUUCACGGGCACCACGCCUCGGUCCUUCGCUCUCACAGCUGGCGCACCGUCGAGAACUCCGCGCCUCACCUCAUUCCCUACCUCAGACCCAAUCUAAAAGUCCUCGAUGUGGGUUGUGGUCCCGGCACCAUCACAGUCGAUCUCGCGUCUCGCCUGCCGCAGGGCUUCGUGUACGCGAUCGACCCCUCCGCCGAUGUGAUUGAGAAAGCAAGACAACAUGCUGAGGAGAAGGGCGUCACAAACGUACGCUUUGAGGUCGGCGACAUCCACAACUGGCAGGGUCUUGAUGGUGUUGAAGAAGCCAGCUUCGACGUGGUCCACGCACAUCAGGUACUGCAACAUCUGCAGGAUCCUUUAGGUUGCAUGAAGGAAAUGGUGCGCCUCACAAAGAAAGGUGGUAUUGUUGCAGUGCGUGACUGUGACUACGGCGCUAUGGACUGGUACCCCGAGCACCCAGGCAUGCAGAAGUGGAAAGACCUAUACAUCAGGGUAGCAAAGGGGCUGAAGGCGUAUCCCAACAUGGGCAAGAUGCUGCAUUCUAUUGCACUGCAGGCUGGGAUACCUAGACAGGAUAUCGAGGCGAGUAUUGGGUCUUGGUGCUUCUCUACGCCCGAGGAACGAGCCUGGUGGUGCGGCCUUUGGGCGGACAGGACGAUUAAGAGCGACUACAAGCAACGAGUGCUGGACGGCAACCACGGUACGGAGGCUGAGCUCGAGGAAAUUGCAGCGACAUUCCGAGAGAUGGAGAAGAAGGAAGACGGCUGGUUUGCAGUCAUCAACGGCCAAGUAAUCUGUCACAUCAGGUAA